AUGAAGAGAGCCAAAUUCAGAGACAGCGAAAAGGAUGCUGGCGAAUGCCGCCUCUUUGUCGAAAACCUCCAAGGAGCAGCGCUCGAAUGGUUCUCCCGCCUAAAUCGGAAUUCCAUUGGGAGCUUUCGCAAACUCGCCUCGGAGUUUCUCAAGCAGUGCGGAAUAAGCGACAAAGUGGCCGUAGACGCACUUCGUAAAACGCUCUGGUACAAGUCAAAGUUUAGGAUGUGGAUAGCCUUGGAUAAGCCGCGUACGAUUCAAGACGCGCUCCAUAAGGCCAUGGACUACAUAACUAUCGAAGAAGAGACAAAAAUCUUAUCGCAAAAACAGAAGCUCAUGAAAACUUCAUUGAAGGAUCCUGGGUCGGAUCAGAAAUCUAAACGAAGAAACCCUCAUAACGAUAAAAACAUCCAUCACGGGGAAGAGGAGACCCAAGGAGCGUAUAACUAUGCCAUCAAUUCCGGACCAGAGCAAGGCCAGACAACGGGAAAUACAUGGACUCGUAAUCCGAAUUACGACGAGAAUGCCUUCUGCGACUUUCAUUUGGCCCGCGGCCAUUCAACCAUAAACUGCAAGGUUCUCAGUGCCAGGUUGGCCGCAAAGCUGCUCGCAGGAGAACUCGCCGAAGAAUCUAGCGUAAAAGAUCUCGUCCGCGACUCAGACUGUCCUCCGAGAAACGAUAAAGCCCCUCAAACCGAGAACUCUCUCCGAGAGAACCAGUCAGGAGAAAGGCGCGGAAGAAGGCAGGACGAGAAAGGAAAUGACAAUAGUCGCCGCAGAGUCAAUAUGAUCAUCGGAGGAUCGCAGUACUGCAGCGAUACCAUCCCCGCCAUCAAGCUUAUGAGCGCAAGGCUGAGACAAGCGCAAAUUCGCUAA